AUUCUUAUAUAUUUGAAUAUUUCCAUCCUGACAUCAAUAGAAUAAUAUACAUAUACUUCCCUUUGUAUCCUAAUUCCUACCUAGAUUAGCUGCUCAAAAAUGGUCUCCAAACAUCAGAUGCAGCAUGAUUAUGAUCGAGAAGUUGAAAUCAAGGCUUUUGAGGACUCAAAAGCUGGAGUUAAGGGUCUCGUCGAUGCUGGGAUUACGCACAUCCCUAGCUUUUUCAUCCAUGAGCAUCUUAGCAUCAACACCAACAACGACAAUACCCAAAAUGGUGCGCCUGUGGCUUUUGGUGAGGACGGGAAGAACAAGAUCCCGUUGAUCGAUUUUCGAGGGAUCGACGACAAAGAUGGAGGUCGACGUGAUGAGGUAAUUAAGCAAGUGAAGAGCGCAUGCGAAAACUAUGGUUUUUUUCAAGUUGUCAACCAUGGUAUUCCUGUUCAAGUACUAGAUGAAAUGUUAGAUGGAAUACGUAAGUUUCAUGAACAAGAUGUUGAAGUUAAGAAAGAGUAUUAUUCACGCGAUUAUGAAACCAAGCAUUUCUUGUACAAUAGUAAUUUCAACUUACUCCAAGUCAAGGUGGCUGCUUGGAGAGAUACCAUGACCUAUAUUCGCGGAUCUUUGCCUCCAAAUCCUGAAGAAAUAUCCCCAGUUUGCAGGGAUAUAUUGAUCCGCUACACAGACGAAAUAAUGAAUAUAGGUGAGACAAUAUAUGAAUUACUAUCUCAAGCUCUCGGACUCAAUCUCAAUUACCUGAAAGAAAUUGGAUGCAACAAUGGCAUUUUUGCGCCAUGCAAUUACUAUCCAGCUUGCCCUGAACCAGAAUUAACCUUUGGUUCUACUACCCAUGCUGAUAGUGGUUUCAUAACUAUACUUCUUCCCAAUCACAUCCCUGGUUUACAAGUUCUCUAUCAAGGUCAUCAAUGGAUCGAUGUGGUUCCUAUUCAUGGUGCACUCGUGGUUAACAUGGGAAAUUUGAUGCAGUUGAUUACCAACAACAAGUUUGUUAGCGCAUUGCACAGGGUGUUGGCAAGCAAGGAAGGGCCAAGGAUUUCAAUGGCUUGCAUAUUUAGGCCACAUUAUUCUCCAGAGAAUACCUCACGACUUUAUGAACCAAUUAAGGAGCUUUUAUCUGAAGAAAAUCCUCCCUUGUACCGUGCUGUUACUGUCAAGGAAAUCAUCUCCAACAAACAUUCAACUACUCCAGGAAGCAUUGGCAACGCUCUCCACAAAUUUAAACUUUGAACUUGAUUGCGCUAAUCUUUUAUAGAGAGUUUUUUUAUUCAUGCGUGAGAUAUGCAUUUGUUGCAGAUGAAUAAUUAUUUAAGUCUUCUGUUUUUGUGCGUUUUGUGCGUGGUUUUGUUUCUUUGUGAUGAACUGUUGUGUGUGAAGGGAAAAUAAAAUUAAUUGUCGGUCUUUUCGUAUUGCA